UGAGCAUGUCUUCACAGCGGAGUUGAGAGCUAAGAACCAAAAAAAAAAAAAAAAUGAAAGUCAUGUCUGACUGGAAGGAGCUAAGCGGGGAAAAUAACUGGUCAGGUCUCCUGCAACCUCUCGACAGAAGUCUUUGCGACAAUUUGAUUCAUUAUAAAAAAAGAAUUGGGGCUGUUUAUGAUACAACUGAGCAGAAUAUAACAAGUCCUCUCUACGGGCAACCCAUAUAUGAUGAAAAAGACUUCUUUUCUAAGGUUGGCUUGGAGCAUUACACCAUGAACAACUAUGUUUAUGGUGAAUCCAAAUUUGAUUUCAGUGAUAAAGCUCUCCCAUCUAGAUGGUUUGGCUUCGUGGCCGUGGCCACAGAUGAAGGGAAGAAACACUUAGGAAGGAGAGAGAUUUUAAUUUGCUGGAGAGGAACAGUGACAAUCAUGGAUUGGAUAAACGAUCUCCAUUUUAAUCAAAUCUCAGCUUCACCAAUUUUAGGCAAGCAUACCGGAAAUGCUUGCAUACAUGCGGGGUUUUUCUCUAUCUAUAAAUCAGCUAGAGAUCAGGUUCUUACGGCGGUUGAGAAAUUGGUGAAGCAAUACCAACACGAGGAAAUUAGCAUCACAGUAACAGGCCAUUCCUUGGGAAGUGCUCUUGCUAUAUUGACCGCAUUUGACAUAGUUGCCAAACGCGAUAAUUCCAAUUCUGGUUCUUCUUCAAUGACCGAUGCCAUGGUAACAGUCUUUGCCUUUUCAAGUCCUAAGGUUGGAAACUCAGACUUUGUGAAUGUGUUCAACAAGUUCAAAAAUCUUCAUCUCCUGCACAUUAGACAUAUUCUUGACAUUGUUCCUAGACUUCCACCUACUCCUAAUUACUCGACAAUGGGAACUGUGCUAGAUAUCACCUACACCACCUACACAAUAAAUGAUUUUUUACGCCCUACUAUCAACUCUAUCUCUGAAAUGGUGACCAGGUUUCAUAUUUUGAAGAAUUUACAUGAGGCAAUUGAAAAACAACCGGAGGAAAUAUCUCGAUUGUUGUUGCUAAUGCUUGUACGACAAUUCGAGUUUUUCCCUACAAAGCCAAUCCUAAAGAAAUUUUUACCGCAGCAGAUCACGGUGCUCCCGAUAGGGAACACAUUGCUGUUGGCGAUACUGUUGGCGAUACUGAUGGCGAUACUGUCAUUCUUGAUGGUAAAGUUGAUGAAUUAUCUAAUGUGAUAAUUGAAAACUUGGAAAUGGCUAUUACAAUCUGUAUGUUUGAGCUUCUCAACUUCAAAUUCAGACUGUCUGGGAAAACAAUAACUAUAUACUACUAAAUAAGGUCUGUGUCAACAUUUUGCUGAAACAAAUUAUAUUUUUGAGAAUAAGUUCCUCCGCUCAUGGAGGAUUCACUUUGUGUUUUCAUGUCUGUCGUAUGGUUGGUUUGCUUUGGGCUCAGCACUUUGUGUAAUUCAUGUCUUUCAAUACUUUGUGUAAUUUUGUAUCAAUAAAAGAUCUACUGUUAAAAGUUA